CAAAGGGGGCCAACUUUUCACUAAUUACAUGUCUCUGUCCAGGUCCAGGUCCAAGAUCCAGCAUUCCUCGGACCACCCUCAAUGGAAACACACAUCGGCGCCACAAUCAGCUCUCAAUAACACUCGGACUUUCUGCGAGACCUGUUCGCGACAGCCCUCCUCACCACGAUGCCGCCUCGAAACAGGCAUUUCCACACGCGAGAGCCAUUCCGACAUGACACCAGACUGACGCUGGAACGCGCCGAGGGACCCUUCAGCUGCCUCAAUCCCACGCGGGCGCAUUUCAACCAUUCUGGGUCCGUCUCCAAAGGAACCCCGGAUGAAGUUGAGACUUCGCAAGAAAACGGCCAUGAUGAAACCGAGCAGGAAGUCCCCAAGCGCUAUUCCGAAUCCGACGUCCCCGCCAAAAAUGUCAGGUUCCUGUGGCGAUCGCGAGACAAUCGAAAGGGCCGACAUCCUUUGCUCGUCCAGAGGCCGAAGCCGGGGGAAGAGGCCUAUUUUGUGACCCCGAGACGAACGUCGGAUCCCCGAGAGGUCCUGAAAACCGUUGUCAGAACCUUUACGUACUAUCCGGUCUGGGAUAUCUCGUGGCUCGUGGCUUUUAUAUUCACUUGGGGGAGUAUCGUCUGGGUUUUGAACGGCUUCUUCGUCUGGCUCCCGGUUGCAGCCCCCUCGACCGAGUUUGACGGCGAGAUCUACUAUGGAGGAGGCGUCACAGCAUUCAUCGGCGCCAUCCUUUUCUUCGAAACCGGCUCGAUCCUCUUGAUCUUUGAGGCCAUCAACGCCAACAACACCGGCUGUUUCGGCUGGGCCGUGGAGCAACUGUUCGACGACGACGAGCAGAAAGGAGGCGUGGCGAGACUCCGCGUAGUCGCCAACCGCCACCACUGUCACCACUUCCACCAGAACCGACGGAAUUUCGUCGGGAAGCCGUCGAAGCUGACCGUCGCCGACGCGCAACCGCCGGCCAAGGGCGGCAAAAGGGCCUGGCAGUGGUUCCCCUCGUGGCACGACCUGCGGACGCAUUACCUCCACGAGUUUGGCUUCCUUGCCGGGUCGGCUCAGCUGUUUGGCGCGACCGUCUUCGGCAUCUCUGGCAUCACCGCCCUGCCCGGCAUCUUCAAUCACCUGACGCCCGAGUGGCGGCUCAAUGCCGCGUACUGGAUCCCGCAGGUGAUCGGGGGCAGCGGCUUCAUCGUCAGCAGCACGCUGUACCUGCUCGAGACGCAGCAGAAGUGGUACAAACCGGCGCCGCAUCUCCUGGGGUGGCACAUCGCGUUUUGGAACCUCGUGGGCGCGUUUGGCUUCACGCUCUGCGGCUGUCUGGGCAUGGCGUACAAGAACUCCGGAGCACAGUACCAGGCCGGAUUGGCUACAUUCUGGGGCUCGUGGGCCUUCUUGAUCGGCAGCUACCUCCAGCUCUUCGAGAGUUUGAACAAGAACCCCGUGGAAGAGGUGGCGACCGACCAAGACUUUGAGGGGAGACAAUGAGAGGAACUCGCGGGGAGUUUUUCCCCCCCCCUUCCCGGAGCAUGUCCAUGUUGGUUGGGUAUUGUCAUUUUUCUCAUGGUAUACGGCAUCUGCCAUGCUAUCCUACUCCAGAAGGGAAAAAAAGUUCGAUAAUGGAUUUUGGGGAGAAUAUAACAGGUCAAAGUACGGGUUCAGGAUUAAAAAAAAAGUUGGGUUCUCAAGGAAAUAAUAGCUGGUACCUUCGCGUCUUUUGGAUGGGUGGUAAUGUUUUACUGGGUACUUAGGUCCAUGGGAUGGAUAAUCUCAAACUCAGAUCUCGGAUUGAAACAUCCUAGAGAUAGCAUGGGUCGAACAUCCCUCUUGUACCUCUCCGCGUUAGUAGGUAGGUCCUAGGCAUUUACCCACGACGUGAUUAGAGUCCCGUCCUCAUCCUCAUCC